CGUUUCUCUAAACGGAGUAUUCGAGUUUAGGAGUGAAGAAAUGGCGGAACCUCCAUUAACGCAAGAAGAGCAUCUUGACGUUCUCACUAAAACUGGCGAAAAAACUGGCAUUUCCAAGCCCAGGCAAGCCCUUCACUUCCUUCUUUGAUCUCUCCUUUGUCCUCCUCAUAAACCUAACCGAAGCUCGAAAUUAAGCUUACAUUAAAGGAAGCAGUUUCACUACUUGCGAUCACUUUAAAAUUUGAAUUCAGCGGUUCCAAUUCAUCUUAUCCACAAAUGGGGGAGGUUCAUCGAGAUGGAGAUUACCACCGAGCAGUUCACGUUUGGAUUUUUGCAGAGAGUACGCAACAGUUGCUUCUGCAAAAGCGAGCUGAUUGCAAGGAUUCAUGGGCAGGGCAAUGGGAUAUCUCCAGUGCUGGCCAUAUAUCUGCUGGUGAUUCAUCACUUGUUACUGCCAGGAGGGAGCUUCACGAAGAGCUAGGUAUUAUGCUUCCAAAGGAUGCAUUUGAGUUGAUAUUCGUUUUUCUUCAAGAAUGUGCAAUAAAUGAUGGAAAAUAUAUCAAUAAUGAAUAUAAUGAUGUAUAUCUUGUAACAACUGUGGAUCCAAUUCCUCUGGAGGCGUUUACUCUUCAGGAAACUGAAGUAUCUGCUGUUAAAUAUAUAUCCUGUGAUGAAUAUAGAAACUUGCUUGCCAAAGAACAUCCUGAUUAUGUCCCCUACGACAUAAAUGGACAGUACGGUCUGCUCUUUGAGACAAUUAAGCAACGAUAUAAAGAAAACAGUGUAGCACGCAGCUUGACUCUACAAAAGCAACUCCGUCGAUAUGCUCCUGUUUCUCUCAAUGCAGAGUUGACAGGCCUAUCAGAUGGAGACAGGAAGGCAUUGGGUUUACUCAUUAAGGCUGCAAGAGUAGUGGAUGACGUCUUUUACCUGCAGGUUUGGUGCAGCAAUCCAGCUCUAAGGGAUUGGUUGAUAGAGCAUGCUAAUACAUCAGAAUUGGAUGAGCUCAAAUGGAAGUAUUAUUUGAUUAAUAAGAGUCCAUGGUCCUGUCUUGAUGAGAAUAAGGCAUUUUUAACGACAGCAGAUUCGGCCAUAAAGUUGCUUCCUGAAGCCAUGAAGCCAAUAAAUGGAUGGAAGGGUCUGGAAUAUAAAGCAUCAUUCCCUAUCCGAAAACCACCCGGUGCAAAUUUUUAUCCGCCAGACAUGGAUAAAAUGGAAUUUGAAUUGUGGAAAGGAACUCUGACAGAGAAUCAACAAUAUGAUGUAACGGGUUUUUUCACUGUUAUCAAAAGGCACAGCGAACUUGAUUUGGAGUCAUCUCUAUUAAAUCAUACAGUUGAUGGUACUGGUCAUUUGAUGGGUGUUCAUGAUCUAUAUAGCAUCCCCUACUCAAAAGAGUAUAAUUCUCUGCUCAGAAAGGCUGCUGAACUAUUGCAUAAAGCUGGGGAUGUGGCUAGCUCAUCUAGUUUGAAGAGGCUACUACAUAGCAAAGCUGAUGCAUUCCUUUCAAAUGAUUAUUAUGACUCAGAUAUAGCCUGGAUGGAAUUGGAUUCUAAGCUGGAUGUAACUAUAGGUCCAUAUGAGACAUAUUUAGACACUCUUUUUGGAUACAAGGCUACAUUUGAAGCAUUCAUUGGAAUCCGAGAUGACGAAGCAACAGCUCAACUAAAGCUCUUCGGCGAUAAUUUGCAGGUUUUGGAACAAAAUCUUCCAAUGGAUAAUGCCUACAAAUCUACAAAUGUUAAUGCUGCUCCUAUUCGUGUCAUCCAACUUAUCUAUAAUGCAGGGGAUGUGAAGGGUCCUCAGCCUGCUGCUUUUAACUUACCAAAUGACGAGCGGAUAGUAAAAGAGCGAGGAACUUCAAUGGUCAUGCUUAAGAAUGUUUCAGAGGCCAAGUUCAAGCAUAUUCUUCUGCCUAUAGCUGAUGUGUGUAUUUCCAAGGAACAAAAGGACCUUGUAAAUUUUGAAUCUUUCUUUACACACAUCAUCUGCCACGAAUGCUGCCAUGGUAUAGGGCCUCAUACAAUAACACUUCCAAAUGGUCAAAAGUCUACAGUGAGAAAGGAGCUGCAAGAACUCCACUCCACUUUGGAAGAAGCGAAAGCUGAUAUAGUUGGCCUUUGGGCACUGAAGUUUUUAAUCAACAAGGACUUCCUUUCAAAGAGUUUCAUAAAGUCUAUGUAUGUUUCUUUUCUUGCGGGAUGCUUUCGCUCAGUUCGAUUUGGUUUAGAGGCAGCUCAUGGAAAAGGACAAGCAGUGCAGUUCAACUGGUUAUUUGAGAAAGAGGCGUUCAUUUUGCAACCAGAUGAGACAUUUUCUGUUGACUUUGCUAAGGUUGAAGUGGCAGUUGAAAGCCUUAGCAGAGUGAUACUAACCAUACAGGCAAGAGGUGACAAAGAAGCUGCAAAUUUGCUGCUUCAGAAGUACUGUAAAAUGACAGAUCCAUUAAAACUUGCACUGCACAAAUUAGAGAAAGUUGAGGUGCCAGUGGAUAUAACUCCAACAUUUCCCUUAGCUGAUGAAAUACUGGGGUAGAGGCAAUCUGCUGGUAAUGGUACAAGCCUCACACCUAGUGUUUGACUUGCCUAUUCAGAUCAACUUCAUGGCAAUAAUUAGGAUUUUCCUCUUUGAAUUCUGAUUAAAUAAAUGCCGUUAUAUUCAAUAUUUGUAUAAUUAAAAUCCGAACAUUUGGUAUGUCUUAUUAUUUAUAUUUGAGUAAUGCCAUUUCUUUUCCUCCAUUGUGUAUGAACUUUGGUUUAGACUCUUUUCUUUCAGAUGAUGGCACAAGUCUGUUGAUGGAUGGUCAUGAUCUACUUAUAAUUCCAUGGUUGAGAGUCUUGGAAAUUUUCUUUUA